AUGCAGAAAAUGAAGAACUUUGGUAGUAGUAGCUGUAGUGGUGGAAACAUGAGUAGCAAUGGGAGACAAUCAGUGGAGGAGAUCAAUGAUGAUGAUAAUGAUCAUCAGGAGAUAUCAAGAUUGGCCAUUUCAACUUUUCAAGCUAGAGAGGAAGAGAUUGAGAGAAGGAAGAUGGAGGUCAAGGAAAAGGUUGAGCUUCAGUUAGGCCGUGCUGAAGAAGAAACUAAACGCCUAGCUAGGAUUCGGGAAGAGAAAGAAUAUAAAGAAGCAUUAGACCUGUUCAAUGAGAAAAGCAAAGAAAAGGCUCAGCUUGUCAGCGCAUUAAAGGAGAAAAAUUGGGACACAGUCAAAGGCGAUCUGAUGAACGUCUUGGAAGGUUUCUUUAAGGAUGGAAUUAUUCAAGAGAGAGCCAAUGAAACUUACAUUUGCCUUAUUCCCAAGAAAAUUAAUAGUUGUCGUGUGAAGGAUUAUAGACCUAUCAGUCUUGUCACUAGCUUGUAUAAAAUCAUCUCUAAAGUGUUGGCUUGUAGACUUCGAGGUGUUUUGGCCGAUACAAUAGCGGAUUCUCAAGGAGCUUUUGUGGAGGGUAGGCAGAUUUUGGACACUGUUUUGGUUGCAAAUGAGGCGGUUGAGGAGUAUAGGAGUAAGGGUAAAAAGGGUUGGGUCUUCAAAAUUGACUUUACAAAGGCUUAUGAUUGUGUGGAUUGGGGUUUUUUGGAUUUUGUUUUGCAGAAAAAAGGUUUUGGAGAAGUUUGGAGGCGGUGGAUGCAAGGAUGUCUGUCAUCUACGUCUUUCUCUGUGUUUUUAAAUGGGCGUCCCAGGGGUAAAUUUAAGGGAUCGAGGGGUCUUCGUCAAGGGGAUUCCUUGUCCCCUUUCUUGUUCACGUUGGUGGUGGAUGUUUUGGGAAGAAUGAUUGAUAGGGCUAAGAGUAGUUUGGCUUAUAGAGGAUUUACAGUGGGAAGUGAUGGAGUUGAUGUUAGCCAUCUUCAAUUUGCAGACGACACGAUUUUCUUUGUUAAUGAUGAUGAGUCACUGGGGGUGCUCCUUGACAUCUUGAAGGUCUUUAGUGAGGUGUCUGGGCUAUCUAUUAAUUUGCAGAAGUGUCAAUUGUUGGGGAUCAAUUUGCCCGAGGAGGUCGUGGAUCUUCGGAAUGUGGCAAGGAGUAUAGAGAAAGUUAUGAGAGACUUUCUGUGGGAGGGAGCAGAUGGUUCGGGGGACGAUCAUUUGGUUUCUUGGCAAGAAGUCUGUAAGUCUCGAAAUUAUGGAGGGCUGGGAAUUGGGAAUAUUGAGAAACGGAACAAGGCCUUUCUUAUGAAAUGGUUAUGGCGCUUUCCUUUAGAAAGAAAGGCUUUAUGGUAUAAGGUGGUGAAGAGUAGGUAUGGAUUAGAUGAGGGUCAUUGGGAUACGGGAGGAGGGAGAAGAUUGUCGGUUCGUGGUCCGUGGAGGGAUAUUACGGCAUUGUAUGAGGAGUACAGGAAAAUGGUUUGUUUUAAGGUGGGGAAGGGCGAUAGGAUUCAGUUUUGGGAGGAUGUUUGGCUUGGAGAAGAUACAUUGAAGUCUCGUUUCUCGGAUUUAUUCUUGGUUUCCAUGGCAAAGAAUUGUGCGAUUAAAGAUUUGGCAGUCUUGGGCGGGGAAGGGAGAGGGGGGUCCUUAGGUUGGAAUUUGCGGUUCAGAAGGAACUUGUUAGAUAGGGAGGUGGCUAAUUUCGCUCAAUUGAUGCAUAUGCUUCAGGUGGUGACUCUCCCAUCGAUUUUGGAGGACAGAAGGAAUUGGAAUUCGGAUACCAGUGGAGUUUUUAAUUGUAAGUCCGCCUUCCAUUCCUUGAGCUAUGCUCAUUUAGGCCCAGAGUUGGAUUGGGCUAAGUUUUUGUGGAGGAGUGUUGCUCCGUAUAAAGUUAAAUUGUUUGGUUGGUUGUUAUUCUUGGAUAAGGUGAGCGUUCACGAGAAUUUACAGAGGCGUAGACCUUUCCACAUCUUUCGCCAAAUUGGUGCGUCUGCUGUAAAAAUGAAGUAG